GUUCGGCGGCGGCGCCCGUGCUCCUCCUCGCUGCGAGCCAGAGCGGAGCCAGCCGUGCCGGCGGCGGCGGCAGCGGCGCCCCGGGGUCUCCGCGAGCCGGCGGCAGCGGGAGCCGCGGGGCCGGGCACCGCCGCGGCAUGGCAGCGCCCCUGCCCCUCUGGGUGCCCUGGCUCGGCCUGCAGCUCCUGGGCAGCGCUGCCUUCAACCUGGACGUCGCCAACACCCUCCUCAAGGACGGGGACAAGGGCAGCCUCUUCGGCUUCUCCGUGGCUCUGCACCGGCAGCUCAGCCCCGAGCCCGCCAGCUGGUUGCUGGUGGGGGCCCCCCAGGCGCCGGCGCUGCCCGGCCAAGGCGCCAACCGCACGGGCGGCCUCUUCGCCUGCCCGCUGAGCCCCGCGAGCUCCGACUGCUGGCGCGUGCCCAUCGACGACGGAGUGGACCUGCAGCGGGAGAGCAAGGAGAACCAGUGGCUGGGGGUGAGCGUGAAGAGCCAGGGCGCCGGCGGGAAGAUCGUGACCUGCGCCCACCUCUACGAGGCGCGGCACCGGGUGCAGCAGCCGCUGGAGACGCGGGACGUGAUCGGGCGCUGCUUCGUGCUGAGCCAGGACCUGCGGGUGCGCGACGAGCUCGACGGCGGCGAGUGGAAGUUCUGCGAGGGGCGGCCGCAGGGCCACGACCGCUUCGGCUUCUGCCAGCAGGGCCUGGCAGCCGGCUUCACCGCCGACAACCACUACAUCCUCUUCGGGGCCCCCGGCACCUACAACUGGAAGGGGAACCUGCGCGUGGAGCUGUUUAACCACAGCUCCCUGGACCUGGUCCAUUACGACGACGGCCCCUACGAAGCCGGGGGCGAGAAGGACCAGGACCCUUCGCUCAUCCCCGUGCCCGCCAACAGCUACUUCGGCUUCUCCGUGGACUCGGGCAGGGGCCUGACGCGGCGGAACGAGCUGAGCUUCGUCACCGGGGCGCCCCGCGCCAACCACACCGGCGCCGUGGUGAUCCUGCGCCGCGACAGCGCCAACCGCCUGGUGCCCGAGGCCCUGCUGCGGGGCGAGCAGCUCACCUCCUCCUUCGGCUACGCCCUGGCCGUGCUGGACCUCAACAGCGACGGCUGGAUGGACCUGGUGGUGGGGGCCCCCCACUUCUUCGAGCGCAAGGAGGAGAUCGGGGGGGCCGCCUACGUCUACAUCAACCCGGGGGGCCGCUGGGCGUCCGCCGCCCCCCUCCGCCUCAACGGCACCUACGGCUCCAUGUUCGGCAUCGCCCUCAGCGCCGCCGGCGACCUCGACCAGGACGGCUUCAGCGACCUUGCCGUGGGAGCCCCCUUCGACGGCGCCGGCAAGGUCUACAUCUACCACGGCAGCAAGCUGGGCAUCGUGGCCAAGCCGGCGCAGGUCCUGGACGGCGAGGGCGUGGGGGUGACGGCCUUCGGCUACGCCAUCUCGGGGGGGCUGGACGUGGACGAGAACCUCUACCCCGACCUGCUCGUGGGCUCCCUCUCCGACACCGUGGUGCUGUACAGGGCUCGGCCGGUCGUCCACGUCUCCAGGAACAUCUCGCUGACGCCGUCGAGCAUCGACCUGGAGCAGAACAACUGCCGGCACCAGGAGGGCGUCUGCGUGGACGUCCGAGCCUGCUUCAGCUACACGGCCAGUCCCGCCAGCUACAGCCCCCGGCUCACGCUGCAGUACGUGCUGGACGCCGACACGGACCGCCGGCGCCGGGGCCAGGCCCCCCGCGUGGCCUUCCUGCACCGGCAGCCCUCGGACCCCGAGCACCAGUCCUCCGGCGCGGUGGAGCUGCCGCGGCAGGGCGUCCGCGCCUGCGCCCAGGCCACCUUCCAGCUGCAGCCCAGCGUCCGCGACAAGCUGCGCCCCAUCGCCGUCACCCUGGCCUACGGCAUCGAGCGGGCGCGGGCCAAGCGGCAGGUCCCGGGGGCCGCGCUGCCGCCGCUGCCCCCCGUGCUGGGCGCCCAGCCGCCCCGCAGCCAGCGCAGCGAGGUGCACUUCUUGAAGCAGGGCUGCGGCGACGACAAGAUCUGCCAGAGCAACCUGCAGCUGCGGGUCCAGUUCUGCUCCCGCGUGGGCGAUGCUGAUUUCCUGCCGCUGCCCAGGGGCGCCGACGGCACCGCCAUCUUCGCCAUGAGCGACCAGAAGGACGUGGCCCUGGAGAUCCACGUCACCAACCUGCCCUCGGACCCCGCGGAGCCGCAGCGGGACGGCGACGACGCCCACGAGGCCCUGCUGACGGCCACCUUCCCCGAGGCCCUGCCCUACUCCGCCGUGCGCCCCUACGACGCCCGGGCGCCCGCGGACAAGCCGGUGCUCUGCCUCGCCAACCAGAACGGCUCCCAGGUGGAGUGCGAGCUGGGCAACCCCCUGCCGCGUGGAGCCCAGGCGCGCUUCUACCUCGUCCUCAGCACCCUGGGCAUCACGCUGCAGACCACGGACCUGGCGGUGGAGCUGGCGCUGUCCACGAUCAGCGAGCAGCCGGGGCUGGCGCCGGUGGUGGCCCGGGCGCGCGUGGUCAUCGAGCUGCCGCUCUCGGUGACGGGCGUGGCCGUGCCGCCGCGGCUCUUCUUCGGCGGGACGGUGCGGGGCGAGAGCGCCGUGCGGCGCGAGAGCCAGGUGGGCAGCGCCGUGCGCUACGAGGUCACGGUCUCCAACCGGGGCCAGUCGCUGAAGACGCUGGGCUCGGCCUUCCUCACGCUGCUGUGGCCCCACGAGCUCUGCAGCGGCAAGUGGCUGCUCUACCCGCUGCAGCUGGAGCUGGCGGCGCCGCCGGGGCCCCCGGCCGCCUGUAGCCCCGCUGCCAACCCCCUGCGCCUGGCCCUGGAGCCGCCGGGGGAGGCCGAUGCCGCCGAGGCGCUGGCCGCCGGGUCCUGGUGGCUGCCGGCGGCGGCGGAGCGGCGGCGGAACGUGACGCUGGACUGCGCCCAGGGCACCGCCAGCUGCCUGGUGUUCCAGUGCCCGCUGCGCAGCUUCGAGCGCGCCGCCGUGCUCACCGCCCGCGGGCGCCUCUGGAACAGCACCUUCCUCGAGGAGUUCCUGGCCGUGGCCUCCGUGGAGCUGAUCGUGCGGGCCAGCGUCUCCGUCACCUCCUCCGUCACCAACCUGGUGCUGAAGGACGCCUCCACGCAGAUCCCCGUCUCGGUGUACCUGGACCCCGGGGCGGCGGUGGCCGGCGGCGUGCCCUGGUGGGUCAUCGUCCUGGCCGCCCUGGCCGGCGUCCUCGUCCUGGCCCUGCUCGUCCUCCUGCUCUGGAAGUGCGGCUUCUUCCAGCGGAGCAGCCGAAGGUCCCGCUACGCCGCUAGCUACCACCGGGCCCGGCGGGGCCUGCAGCCCUCCGCCGCAGACAGGCAGGCCGCGGAGGCCUAGCGGCAGCGCGGGGCCGACCCCCCCCCCCCCGCCCGGGGGGCCGCGGGUGCGGGGUGCGCGGGUGUGCGAGGUGUGCGGUGUCCGUGCAUGGUUGUGCCAGGGGCUGUAGUGCCCGGACAGAUGGAGCUUGGUUUGCAGGGGAGCGAGGGUUCGCAGCGCUGGUGCAGGGGUGUGCGAGGGGUUGCAGUGUCUGGGUGCCGAUGCACGAGUGUGCAAGGGUUUGCAGUGCUGGUGCACGGGUGUGCGAGGGGUUGCAGUGUCUGGGUGCCGAUGCACGGGUGUGCAAGGGUUUGCAGUGCUGGUGCACGGGUGUGCGAGGGUUUGUGGUGUCUGGGUGCCAGUGCACGGGUGUGCGAGGGUUUGCAGUGUCAGCGUUGCGGCAUGAGAGGGUUUGCAGCGCUGGUGCAUGGGCGUGCGAGGGUUUGCAGUGCCAGCACAUGAGUGUGCAAGGGUUUGCAGGGUCAGGGUGGAUGGAGGAGGGUUUGCAGUGUCAGCGUUGCGGCAUGAGAGGGUUUGCAGCGCUGGUGCAUGGGCGUGCGAGGGUUUGCAGUGCCCAGGAAGGCGGCCGGGCGCUCGCAGCGUGGGGCCCACGCGCAUGCGUCUGCGGCGGCUCUCGGGACGAGCCGAGGGGUCCGCGGGGCGCUGGUGCCGCCCUGACCC